GCAGCGCCACUCAGCCCGCCGCUUUAUCUGCCUGCGCGCGCUGGGAGUUGCUCUCUCGGAAGAACACACCGAGAAGGAAAAAUACUAACAAGCGGAAGAGCAGAGGCUCUGCUGCUGCUGCUGCUCCUUGUUUGAACGGCCAUGGUUGCUGCCGUCGUGGCCGCGCGCGCGUCUCCUCCCCCCGGCGCGGCGGGGUUGGGCGCGACCACGAUCAUCGCCUCUUCGUUCCACGGCAGCGCUCACUGCGCGUCCCCGUCCCGCGCGCUCCCGCCCUCCGCGGGCGCCGCUAGGCGCGGCGCGUGUUGCUUCGCCGCCACGAAGCCCACGCCGGCGGCGGUGGCGGCCGAUCUGGACGAGGAGAGGGACGGCGGUGCUGGCGGCGGGGCCAACGGCGCCGCUACGGACGCGAAGCCGCCGCGGAGGAAGCGCCGGUCCAGGAAGGGCAGGAAGUCGGCCGCCGCGCUGAAGCUGGAGGAGGAGGAGGAGGAGGCGGAGAAGAAGAGGAAGGCAGAGGAGGAGGCGGCCAUGAAAAAGAAGGCCGCGGAGGAGGAGAGCCGCGCGGCGGCGGCGGGGCUGGACCUGGAGGAGGUGAUGGCGGCGAGCCCCGUGGGGCUGGGGCGGCGCUCGCGGCAGCUGUUCGACGAGGUGUGGCGCAAGUUCUCGCGGCUGGGGCAGAUAUCCAGCGUCUCGUCCACGGAGGCGCUGGCCGAGGCGGAGCAGGCCGUGCUCGUCCGCGGCGGGCCCAUGUGCGAGUUCACCGUCCCCGGCGCCCAGGACACCACCGUCCUCGUCGUCGGUGCCACCAGCCGCAUCGGCCGGAUCGUCGUCCGCAAACUCAUGCUCCGAGGCUACAAUGUUAAGGCUUUAGUAAGAAGGGACGAUGCUGAAGUGAUCGACAUGCUUCCAAGGUCGGUGGAUAUCGUUGUUGGUGAUGUCGGUGAUCCUUUGACCGUGCAAUCAGCCGUGUCAGGUUGCAGCAAGAUUAUCUACUGCGCAACCGCGCGCUCAACCAUUACCGGGGACCUUAACAGGGUUGAUAACCAAGGGGUCAGGAAUGUUAGCAAGGCUUUCCAGGAUUACUACAAUGAGAUGGCUCAGCUCAGAGCUGGUAAAAGCAGCAAGAGCAAACUUUUGAUAGCAAAAUUUAAAUCUACCAAGUCUCUGAAGGGUUGGGAAGUGAACCAGGGAUCUUACUUCCCAAAUACCUUCGCUUCUAGUUCUAGGUUCGACGAAGGUAUCGAUGCAUCAUUUGAAUUUUCACAAUCUGGCCAGGCCGUUUUUGCAGGAUUUGUUUUCACAAGAGGUGGAUAUGUCGAGAUAUCAAAGAGGCUCUCUCUUCCUCUGGGUUCCACCCUAGACAGGUACGAUGGCUUGCUUCUUUCUGUGGGUGGAAAUGGACGAUCGUAUGUUGUUAUUCUUGAGACUGGUCCACUGGCUGAUACCUCACAGAGUAAGCAGUAUUUUGCUCGGAUGACUACAAAAGUAGGCUUUUGUAGGGUAAGAGUGCCAUUUUCAGCUUUUCGUCCAGUGAAACCAGAAGAUCCUCCCCUAGACCCCUUUCUUGUGCAUACACUAACCAUUAGGUUUGAACCCAAAAGGCAGAGACCUGGUGAUGGAUCCCAAGGUGCUACUGAUCCCAGAAAUUUUGAGCUAAUACUGGAAUACAUCAAAGCUUUACCUACUGGUCAAGAAACAGACUUCAUACUGGUCUCAUGCACAGGUUCUGGAAUUGAACCUAACAGAAGAGAACAAGUCCUCAGAGCAAAGAAGGCUGGAGAGGAUGCGCUGAGGAGGUCUGGCCUUGGAUACACAAUUGUACGUCCUGGUCCGCUGCAGGAAGAACCUGGUGGUCAGCGUGCACUGAUCUUUGAUCAAGGGAACAGAAUAUCUCAGGCUAUCAGCUGUGCAGAUGUGGCUGAUAUCUGUGUCAAAGCAUUGCAUGAUUCCACGGCAAGAAACAAAAGUUUUGAUGUAUGUUAUGAGUAUGUUGCUGAACAAGGGAACGAACUGUAUGAACUUGUGGCUCAUUUGCCAGAUAAGGCUAACAAUUAUCUUACACCGGCACUAUCGGUUCUAGAGAAAAACACCUGAUUAAUGGCACGGGUCCCUAAAAGUCAGUUUUGUGUCAUAUAUGGGUUAUUUACUCUGUAUACUAUUCCUCUUGUAAAGUCAUAUAUUCUUCCCAUAGAAGCCUUGUUGGAAUUCACAUGAUGAGCCCUUUUGUUUUUCUAAAGAUAGUCAACAAAUUGACUCCAUAACAAAUUGGAUGACUAUAAUGAUACAAUUUCCCGUUUCUACUC